CGUGAGCCACACACCUUCGGAUCGAAGAAGCAGCAGCGGUCAAAUUGGUCUGCAACGGUGGUCGUGUAUACUUAUGCGCUAUCAGAUUCUUUGUGGGAGAAUUAAGCUAUAUAUGGUGACUGGCCAUAUCCUGCACAGACUUUGGUGGUCCUGAGACCAAGCUGACGGUUUCUAGGACGAGAACAAACAGGUCGAGAGAUUUUUCGCUGCAUAUGCGCUGAUGGUCUCUCGAAUGAGGACACUGCAGGUGGAGGAGAGCUGCCUGCUCGGUUCGAUUGGUUCCCCUUUUUGGGAUCCCCCAAGGGCUGAAGUUUAAAAACUCGACUCCCUGGCGGUCUGAUCAUCGAUUAAGCCGCUGAUCCCUCCUCUUUUUGGGAGAAGUUCGUGUGCAAAGUUGCACGCAGGUGCUUGUCUCCGCUACAGAUCGAAGGUAUAACUUGUGCAGACGACGGAUUUUUCUUUCUGGUGCAGCGGCGAAUAUAUAGGUCGGUCCACGGCGUCUCCAUGUCAUUGGAGCUCUUGUUAGAUUCUUGAACAAGCUGAUAGCUGUCCACAUCUGGCAGACACUUGAGCUUGUGGCCAUAUAUAUAUACAUACAUAUAUAUCUAUAUAUAUUAUAUAUAGAUAUAUAUAGAUAGAUAUAUAUCAUAUCCUUUCCAUUGGCAUUCAUCAUGGAGCUAGCCGAGGGCAUUCUUUCUGCCACUGCAUCUCCGAGUGGCUUUUCGUUCCCUGGCCCUUCUGACGUCUGUGCGUCACGCAAGUCUCCUUCUUGUGUAAGAGCUGCAUCUUGCAUACCGUCGGCCGCGAUGACUUCUUCUUCUGCUUCUUCAUCCUGCCUGUCAACGGAGGCAGCAGCGCUGAGGGCACGGACAAGCAGUCAUCGACUCCUCGGAGGAAGCAGCCUGUGGCCUUGCGAGCAAGCUCUGUGGACAAGUGAUGCAGGGGCAGGCAGACGGCAACCUGCAAGGCGAAUGAAGGGCAGACAAGCGAGGGUAAGAUCCGCACCCGUUGCAGAGCUGGCACCCAACGAUGGUGUGAGGUGGUGGGAGAGGAAAGGUGGGGAGAAUGUCAAAGACAUUCGUUCGGCGCAAGAGUUCGUGGAUGCAUUGUCGGCUGCCGGCGAACGCCUUGUUGUCGUGGAUUUCUAUGCCACCUGGUGCGGUUCUUGCAGGGCUCUCUAUCCAAAAGUCCUCCGGCUAGCAUCCGAAUACAGCAUGGUAGAUUUUCUGAAAGUUAACUUCGAUGAGAACAAACCCCUGUGCAAGAGCCUCAACGUCAAAGUUCUGCCCUUCUUCCACUUCUAUCGCGGUGCAUCUGGUCGAUUGGAUGCUUUCUCGGCAUCAAUCACCAAGUUCCAGAAGCUCAAGGAUGCCGUAGAACAACACAAUACGGAGCGCUGCAGCUUAGGCCCGCCUCUCGGGGUGGGGGACAUACCGCUCCCAGGCGUGAGCAGGCCAACAGCGGAGCCUGACUCCUCCGCUAUCCCCCCUUUAUCGCCUGCCACCCCUGUAGGGUCCUCUGCAUCUCCUUCACCCUCGGUACUACCCUCCUCUCUGUCCACGAGUUCCUUCUCUGAUGCCUCCUCAGAUUUCCCCCUCAACACUGGAGUUAGCCCCUCUUCAUUUCCCUCCUCUGUUCCCUCCUCUGUUCCCUCCUCUGUUCCCUCCUCAUYCCCCCCCCCCSCCGCUGACAAUCCUGACUCGAUACCCCCCCGUUUGCCUGCAUUCCUGAACCAGAAAUGAUGACCUCCCCCACUUCCAGAUGCGCCACCACCGUAUGUGGGAGAGCCGCUGUAAGGGGGGUUGAGCUGGUGGGACCAGCAGGUGGAGCUGGGGAGUGACCUACGUAGUACUUUUAUUAUAUUGCGCAUCAUGUACCACACUCCGUCUGGAUUCAUGCUCUCUUCGUCAUGGUUGAGGGAGGGUGCUACUUCAACCAAUCUUUGAAACUCGAAACCGAACGAUUGGAUGAGAUCCGACGAUCGGAAGCACACCUUACUGCUGCUGCUGCUGCUGCGCUGCUGCUGGUGGUGGUGGUGGCGGCGGCGUGAGGUAUGGAUGCAGGAAAAGACAGAGAGGUGGUUUGUGAUGGCGUUAGCUGUGUGGUUGCCGCCUCACUCGUAAUGGGGUUCCAGCUGUCGUCCGAUUUUGUCGUGCCGACGACAGCUGUCAAGCUCGCGUAGAGUCAUUGGCUUGUUUUUGGAUUCUUGCUGCCUCCUAAAAAUAGUCAAUAACCACCUCCAGGCAUCUGUUGUAUGGACCAGAAACUGGGGUAUAAUAAUAAUUAUUUAAAUUAUGGACAUGGCUCGCAAGCUGCGUUGUCACAGCCAGAGUACUCUGGCUGUGGCCAGAUGCGCCUUCGCUACUGAUAGGCACCGCAUGCCGCUCCUCUCUCUCUCUCCCAUUCGCUACUGAUGGUACGGGAGCUCGCUCUCUUGCUCAGUCUCUCUCCCUGUACCAAAUGGCUGUGUUCCUGUUUUCACAAAUCUGUGUGUUUCCAGCUCGUGGAAAACACACUCGUAGGGGGACUCUGAAAAAAAAACCGUCUUUCGAGCAUUGUCACUAUGGUGUAAAUAUUGCUUUUAAUAUU